AUGGCAGACACCAAGGAACUCAAGCUACGCAGAGUAAUCGGGUACAAUGGAACGUACCCGGAUACGCUCAUUUACACCACUGACGGCAAAUACCUCGUCUACUCGCUCGGUCUGGCUGUUGUCGUCAAGGACAUUAAACGCAACACGCAGUGCUUUCUACGAGGCCACACGGAUGUGAUCACGUGUUUGGCUGUCUCGAAUGAUGGGUCAAAGCUCGCUUCGGGACAGCAGAGCAAGAGUCGCGGGAACAAAGCUCCGAUCAUUGUAUGGGACCUCGCAGAAGCCACCAAACGGCUUGCUGGGUCCGCGAACGGCGGUGAAGGUGAUCGUGACGACAGCUUUGUGACGUUUCGUCUCGUGUUGCAUAUGGGCAAGGUGCAAGCCUUGACGUUCUCGGCCAGAGACAGCUUCCUCUUCACAGUGGGAGGCCAGGAUGACAAUGCACUGGUCUGCUGGAACAUGGAGACCGGUGAACCCAUUUGCGGCACCCCGUCCGGAGACGAUUCGACGCUUACAGUCGCUGCGUUCAACCGCGAAGCCAACGACGAGCUCCUCGUUACCGGAGGGAAUUACAAUAUCACAGUGUGGCGAGUAGAACUGAAACAACGCAAAUUCCACGCGCUACGUGCCAAUCUAGGGAACCUCAAACGUAUCGUCACGUGUAUCGGCGUGUCCCCGGACGACAAGGUGGCGUACUGCGGGACCAAGACAGGAGAUUUACUUGAGAUCUUACUCGACUGCGACUUGGCCAAACCUAACUGUAUUUUCCCUCCCGUGGGGACUCUAAAGCCUCGGUACAGUCGUACAACCAAGGAACGUUUCAGUCAGGGCAUCGUGACGCUUGUCGUUCACGAUAAUGAAGAGAAUCGACGCUUUGUGUUGCUUGGUGCUGGUGAUGGGAACCUUGCUGUGCUCAAGCUUGGGCCAGCUAACGCAGCCUCGGACGGAUCGAAGACUAAGCCUAUAGCUACGGCUUGUAUGGAGAAACUGAUGGGUGGCAUCACAGCGCUAAGUGAGGGAAAACACGGCGACUUCUAUGCGGGAACCAACCACUCCAACAUGUACCAAUUCCAGCUGGAGGAGCCUACUUCCACAUGUAGUGGCUCGAACAAUGCCGGUAGUCGCCCUACCAGUGCAAGUGGCAAUAGCACUGGACUUUGCGUGAAACUGCGCUCUACCUGCCACUACAGCUGCAUCAACGACGUCGUGUUCCCGACUUCAGCGUCCCGAAGUCCCACAGACAACUCGCACUUGUUCCUUACGUGUGCUAAGACUGAUAUUCGCAUCUGGAACGCUCGACGUUGCCAGGAAAUUCUACGCAUACAGGUGCCGAAUCUCGUGUGCAACUGCGUGGAGCUCACACGCGACGGUGGCCUCGUAGUGAGUGGCUGGGACGACGGCAAAGUGCGCGCUUUCUACCCUGAAAGUGGCAAGCUCAAAUUCGUCAUCCAGGACGCUCACAACGAGUCCGUGACAGCCAUAGCAAUGUGCACGCCGUCUGAUUCCUCUUGCUCCUCCUCUGCUGAGUGGAGAUUGCUUACUGGCGGUAAAGAUGGACGUGUGCGUGUGUGGCGUAUCACUCCGUCCCGACAGACAAUGGAAGCGUCGCUGAAAGAGCACCGCGGCCCUGUGAAUGCCAUUCAAGUGACACAGGACUGCACCGCGUGUGUGAGCGCGUCCUCCGAUGGCUCUUGUAUCGUCUGGAACCUCGAGACUUUCGUGCGCACUCAGGCCAUGUUUGCAUCCACUGUGUUCCGUAGAGUGCUGUACCAUCCGGACGAGAGCCAAUUGCUCACUUGUGGCUCCGACAGACGCAUCACGUACUUUGACGCGUACGACGGAGAAGCCAUUCGAUUCCUAGAGGAAGCCGCGGACCAUGAGAUGUUGGCAAUGGACAUUGAACACAGCGGGGCACUGUUUGCGACGGGCGGACGCGAUGGAAUGCUCCGACUCUGGCAUUAUGACAAUGGAGAGACCGUUGCAAUUGGCAGAGGUCAUAGCGAGGCGAUCAACGCUGUCAAGAUCUCCCCUGAUCGAAAGGAGAUUGUCACUGUCGGCUCCGAAGGCGCCGUCAUGAUCUGGGAAAUGGGAGAUCUGCUCGAGCGAACGCGAGCGUGA